AUGUUUGAUCCCAUUUUAGUGCAAGGAUUCUGCAUACUCUCAUUUUGCCUCCCCCGUCAAUAUCACUUUGUGAAUGAGUUAGCAACCUGGACUGAAGCACAGAGGUACUGCAGAGAGAAAUACACUGACCUGGCCACUACUGAUAACAUGGAGGAAAUGAACAGGUUGACUGAUACCGUGAAUGCAAGAAGCUGUUAUGGUAAUGGCUUAGCCUGGAUUGGUCUGUACGAUGAUCUGAACACCUGGAGAUGGUCCCUGGACAACAGUGAUUUCUACAAGGAAGGAGAGAGAGGUUUUAGGAAAUGGUAUAUCAGAGAACCAUAUAAUCGUGGUGGAGUGAGUCUUUGUGUGUACAUUUCUUAUUAUGGGUUCUGGUAUGAAAUAAGGUGUUCUGUCCAGUUACCCUUCGUCUGCUAUGAUGGAACACAGAAUGUUAAUGAGAGUUAUGUUGUCAUUGCUGAGUUGAAAAACUGGACUGAAGCACAGAGGUACUGCAGAGAGCAUCACACAGACCUGGCCACCAUAAGGAAUGUUACAGAAAACCAAAAAAUACAACGCCUCUCAACUCAUCACAGCUCUUACUGGAUCGGUCUGUACAGAACCAGAACUUGGUCAGAUCAGAGCAAUUCCUCUUUCAGAAACUGGAGAAUAGGACAACCAGACACUGGUCAGCAAUGCACAGCUGUGUCAUUUGCAGACUUAGGUCAAUGGACAGAUGAAGCCUGUACUUACACAUACUCUUUUCUUUGCUACAGAAAAAUCAUGUCUUCUCGCGAGUAUUACUUCGUGAAUGAAUCAAAGACCUGGGCUGAAGCACAGAAAUACUGCAGAGACAAUUACACUGACCUGGCCACUGUUGAUAACAUGGAGGAAAUGAACAGGCUGAUUGAUGCUGUAAAUGGCAGUUAUAAUGGCUUAGCCUGGAUUGGACUGUAUGAUGAUGUGAACAGCUGGAGAUGGUCCCUGGAAGACAUUGAUUUCUACAGGGAGGGAGAGCAAGAGUUUCGAAACUGGUACCAUGUACCUUUUAACUUUCAUGGGUUGGACCUAUGUGUGUAUACAAGUAUUUAUGGAUGGCAUGAUUUAAGAUGUGCCAACCACCUUCGUUUUGUCUGUUAUGAUGGUAAACAUAAUGCUACAGAGAGUUAUGUCCUGGUUAAUGACUAUAAGAGCUGGACUGAAGCACAGACCUUCUGCAGAGAGCAUUACACAGAUCUGGCCAGUGUGAGAAACGAGAGUGAGCAUCAACAGAUCCUUAAUAUCACAAACGGUGAUGCUGUAUGGAUUGGCUUGUUUAGAACUAGACUAUGGUCAGACAACAGUGAGUCUUCUUUCCGAAACUGGAAAGGAGCUGUCUUUGAAGAACCAAAUGGAAGAUAUCAGCAUUGUGUAGCAGUGUCAUUCCAUGACUCAGGCAAAUGGACAGAUGAAAACUGUUUAUUCAGUUUUCCUUUUGUCUGCUACAGUGAGAUUUGCAACCUUUCAUCAUGCUCUCCUCGUCAGUAUUACUUUGUGAAUGAACCAAAGACCUGGACUGAAGCACAGAAAUACUGCAGAGACAAUUACACUGACCUGGCUACUGUUAAUGACAUGGAGGCAAUGAACAGGUUGAUUGAAGCUGUAAACACCAUCAAUUGCAGUUAUAAUGGCUUAGCCUGGAUUGGACUGUAUGAUGAUGUGAACAGCUGGAGAUGGUCCCUGGAAGACAGUGAUUUCUACAAGGAGGGAAAGAGAGAUUUUAGGAACUGGUAUUUUGAAGAGCCCAAGAAUACUGGUGGAAUGAUGCUAUGUGUCUACAUGUCAUAUUAUGGGACAUGGUAUGAGAGUAGUUGUUCAUCGUCGUUUUGGUUUGUUUGCUAUGAUGGACAGAAUGUCAGUAAUCAUUAUGUUCUGGUUGAUCAGUCCAUGAGCUGGACAGAAGCUCAGAGCUACUGCAGACAACAUUACACUGAUCUUGUCAGUGUGAGAAAUGACAAUGAGCUACAACAAAUCUUAAGUAUCAGAGGGACUAGCACAGUGUGGAUUGGCCUUUAUAGAACCCGUCUGUGGUCAGAUGAGAGCAACUCCACUUUCAGAAACUGGAGUCCUGGACAGCCUGACAAUGCUGGAGGGAAUCAGAACUGCACAGCUGUGUCUUUUAGUGACUCAGGCAAAUGGACAGAUGAAAAGUGUCUGAACACUUUUCCCUUCUUCUGCUACAUCAUGGAAAGUAUGCGCUCUCGUCAGUACCAUUUUGUGAAUGAAUCAAAGACCUGGGCUGAAGCACAGACAUACUGCAGGGACAAUUACACUGACCUGGCCACUAUUGAUAACCUGGAAGAAAUGAACAGGCUGAUUGAUGCUGUAAAUGGCAGUUAUAAUGGCUUAGCCUGGAUCGGACUGUAUGAUGAUCUGAACAGCUGGAGAUGGUCCCUGGAAGACAGUGAUUUCUACAAGGCGGAAGAGAGAGAGUUUCGAGCUUGGAACAGAGAACCUGAUGACCUUCAUGGUAGAGAAUUUUGUGUUGUCAUGGGCAGUAAUGGAGCAUGGUUUGACAGAAGGUGUAAUUGGCAUUUCCACUUCAUUUGUUUCGAUGGUAGAGAAAAUGCUACAGAGAGUUAUGUCUUGAUUAAUCAGUACAACACCUGGACAGAAGCUCAGAGCUACUGCAGAGACCAUUACACAGACCUGGCCAGUGUAAGGAAUGAAACUGAGCAAAAACUGAUCCAUAAUACAACAAGGGGAAAUUAUGUGUGGAUUGGCCUGUUUAGAACCAGUAUGUGGUCAGACAAGAGUAACUUCUCUUUCACAAACUGGAGGUCAAGCACCUCUGAGCAGCCAGACAAUGGUGGAUACCUUCCAGGUGUGAUUGGGACAGAGCAUUGUACUGCUGUGUCUUUUGGGGACUCAGGCCAGUGGACAGAUGAAUACUGUCUUGACAGGUUCCCGUUUGUGUGUUAUAGUGAUCAUGUCAUUGGACUAAGAGUGAAAAUCACCACGCUGGAAAAUCUAUCCCAGUCUGAUAUUGAAGAAUUGGUGUCAGUGCAGUUAAAAAGGGAAUUUAUGAAACUGGGGCUUCCAAGCAACUUCACUCUGACUGUGAAGCACACUCGUAAGGUUAACCCCUGA